CUUCACUGGACUCUCAUCGUACUACUUUCCCAUCCCAAACAUCUGCAUCUGCAGAAAUAUCAAAAAUAGAGACUGUUACAAGUUCAGCUGACCUGGAAAAAUCUAUGCCUCCGCUUUCCAGAACACCUCGUGUGCUAACAACAACUAUGGCUUUCAGUGGUAUUCAGCCUAUUCUUUCAAGCCCUGUGACACCUAGUAAGCCUGAAAUAACAGAUGCUGAACCAGCUCCAAAAGAAAGACCACUUAUUCCUUCUAAACUGAAACCGUCUGCUACCUCAGAAGUACAGCAUGUGAAACCUGCCCCUAAACCACCACUUUUGGAGCCUAAAAUUUCUCAGACUGUUGAACAACCAAAAGCAACACUAGCUCCUAAAGAAGCAAAACUCACACCUUCUGCAUCUAAACCUAGACCAUCGGCCAGAACCAAAAAGCCACGAACUAAACCUGUCUUGGAACCUAUUACACUUAGAAUUGAACCACCAAGGUCAACGAUAGCUCCAAAGGAGACUCAGCGUAUCCCUUCUAAACCUAAAACUUCACCCAAACCUCAUAUCCCACAAGCUAAAGAUGUUCCAAAAGAAACACAGCAUGUUCCUUCUAAACCUAGAACAUCACCAAGCUCAGAGGUGCCACAAACGAAACCUGCUCCUAAAGAUACACGUUACUGGCCUUCCAAACCUAAAACGUCACCCAGUCCACAUGUUCCUCCAACUAGAGCAAGUCCAAAAGAAAGUCGGCGAGUCUCUUCCAAGCCCAGAGCUUCACCAAGUCCAGAGAUACCACCCACAAAACCCGUUUUGGCACCUACUACAUUUACAGUCGAACAACCGAAGACAGGAACAGCUCCAAAUGAAAAACAGUUCAUUCAUAUCAAACCAAAAACAUCCGAAAAACCAAGAGUGCCACACACCAAACCUGCUCCAAAAGAAACACUGCUCAUUCCUUCCAAACCCAAAACAUCUGCCGGGCCAGAAGUACCACAGACUAAACCUGUUCCCAAUGAAACCUACCAGAUUUCACCCAAGCCCAAAACUGCUUUAGCAACUGAAAUUCCACGGUUUAACACAGCUCUUAUUAAAACCACGCUAGCGCCAGCUAGAACAAAACCACCUGAACUGCCACAGUGGAUUGUGCCAACAACAGAUGAAGUAUAUACACCUGAGGAUAUUGCCAGACAAAUUGACAUGGAUGUGGAAAAACCUUUGGAAUAUAGUCAUACCUGGGAAAAGCCGUUUUCUGUAACUACAUCACCUGGCCCUCGUCAUCCUCCUAUACCUCCUGUCAAGCCUACACAAAUGCGAAGAAAACCCCUGCCUCCAAACACCGUGACUGGCAAACCGGGUAGUCCAGCUAAACCUGCUGGACCAACACCACCUGUGAGGACGGGAAUGUCAUAUAAGACGCCAACAGCUUUUGCAACUCCAGAGUAUUAUGUUGAUGCAACUGUCUUCAGCUCAAGUCCUACAUCAGAAACAGAUUCUUCAGGCAAACCAAGGUACCAAGCCCCCCAUGUCAAGUACAUGAAGAAAGAUGAUGAUGUACCUUGCUCUAUCACAAGCUCCCUUGAGCAUUUUCCUCAAGAAGAAGCUAGCAGCAAGGAAGAACCAACUCGUCCUCCACAAAAUCCUCCAACCAACCUCACAGUGGUGACUGUUGAGGGCUGUCCAACUUUCGUCAUAUUGGACUGGGAAAAGCCAGACAAUGACACUGUUACUGAGUAUGAGGUUGUGUCAACUGAAAAUGGAGCCAGUGAUGGUGAAAAGGAGAAAUCGAUUAUCACUACAAAUCAAACCCAUUCUACUGUGGAAAACCUAAAACCUGACACAAGUUAUGAAUUCCAUGUGAAACCUAGAAAUCCUCUUGGUGAAGGUCCAAGUAGCAAUGUUGUGGCGUUCAGUACUGAAUCAGCGGACCCAAGAGUGAGUGAGCCAAUUUCAAUGGGAAAGGAUGCUAUCUGGACUGAAAUCCCAUUCAAUUCGGACACCUAUUCAGAAUGCAAAGGGAAACAAUACGUAAAGAGGACUUGGUAUAAGAAGUUCGUGGGUGUGCAGCUGUGUAAUUCUUUGAGAUACAAGAUAUACCUCAGUGAUUCACUUACAGGAAAAUUUUAUAACAUAGGAGACCAGAGGGGCCAUGGAGAAGAUCACUGCCAAUUUGUAGACUCGUUCUUAGAUGGAAGGACAGGACAGCACGAAGAUCUACCAGUCAAAGAUGGAUUUUUCAGGGCAGUUCGGCAGGAGCCUGUCAAAUUUGGAAAAAUAGGCGGGGAGACUCACAUUAACUACGUUCGCUGGUACGAGUGUGGAACAUCAAUACCUGGGAAGUGGUAGAUGCGACACAAACGUGGUGAAAAGGUCCCGCACUAACUGCCCCCUCCGCCUGCCCGACGCAGGCUCCAAGGUGGAAAUGUUUAUGGGAUGCCUGGCACGUAAAUAAGUUUGCUGAUGUGCAAGGGUUUAUGCAAGUCUAAUGCCAAUACUGCAUUAAUUGUGUAAUAGCGUAGGCUGCUUACUGUAGUUAUCCAGUUUUACAAAUUUGUUUUUAGAUUUUUUUUUUAAAAAAAAAAGCCAAACAGGCAAGGGACAUGUUGUAGGAUAAUGCAUAGGGAAGCUGGCUCCCUAUUCCUGAGGUAUGGUUUAUAUGGUAUUUUAAAAGAUACGGUGUGUAUGUUAUUUAUCACAGUGUUGUAAGAAA